AUGAAGCGCGCCUAUUAUAUGAUAGCCCUGCUUACUCUGUUGCUACUGGGCUCAGCAACAACACAAGCACAAGAAGAAGAGGCGGAUGACAUUGUCCGAGAUUCCAAUGCUGUGGAAGAGUGCAACAAUGGCGAAAAUGGACUCGCCCUAUAUGGUUCCAAACGUACCUGCAUCGAAAGCUCUGAAUUCGUGGGCACGCGGUGUUUCUUUACCUACAUUCCAGCUUGUGCUGGAGAAGAUUCUCCCUUGGUAUUUGACUUGCACGGCUUUGGAUCUUGUCCUUUGUUUAGCGCCUUUUACACCGGGUGGCGACAGUUGGCGCAAGAAAAUUGUUUCGUGGUGAUUUGGCCACUAGGAACUACCGACCCUACCAUCGCGGAUGAUACUUGCUGGGGCAAUGCAGGAGGGCUUCUCAAUGAAGACGGCAGCAAAUUCUCAAGACCUUGUUGUUGUUUGAAGGGUGCCAUUCCAGUCGUUACCGACCCCAGUGACUUUUUGCGACAAGUUGCUGCCGUUGUCGUAAGAGAUAUUCCCGAACAGACUUCCAACAGUACUUCAAUUGAUUCGAAGAGAAUCUACAUGGCUGGUCAUUCCAAUGGUUGCAUGGCGUCUGUUUCCAUGGCAGCCAUGCAUUCCGACGUCGUCGCCGCAGUAGGUUGUCAUUCUGGAACGGCAACCACUCUAUUCCCAGAAGCUUACAAUGCGACCCCCAUGGCGUUUAUCCACGGGACAUCCGACCCUACUGUACCCUAUGAAGGAGGUGCCUUUGAAUUUGGUGCCCAAGAGUAUCUUUCCAUCAUUUCUCAGACCAACGGAUGCACUUCGUCGACCGAAACUCGAACGGAAGGCUUUGAGGGAACUUCCAACAGCUUUACAGAAUAUCGUUCUUCAAAUUGUACCAACAACGCCGAUGUGACCUUGUACGCCCUGGACAAUGUCGGUCACCAACCAUUUUUCAUUUCAUCUCAAUUCAGGGAAAAUGGCACGGCUCCAAUUGAAUUUGAUACGACCAAACUCAUGUGGGACUUUGUCAAGGAGUAUUCACUAGAGGUCGAGCCAAAACUCGAGGUGAAACCAGCCACCAUGGCACCAUCUUUGGUUCCCAGUGUGAUGCCGACGAUUUCGGCUUCGACACAUAUUCAAGUGGACCUCACACUGGCAAGUGCAACGGUGGCUGCUGCUGCUCUAUUGACUGCUCUUUAG